UCUGCCCCAACCAAACAAAGAGGCAGGAGCUUUUCAAACAGCAGCCUCCGAGAAGUUGGGUGCUCAGCGCCCGGUUGCGCUGAGAGCCCCACAGGAUGUGGGUCGGGGUCGUGGCCGUCGCCUGAGGAUCCCGCAGCUGCCCUCAGUCCCUGUACCACACAGUGUCAUCUCCAGAUCUGCAGGGAUCUCUGUGGCACCAACAGCUUCCAUGCAGUAGCUGUCACCGUGGACAUCCCUGGGUUGCUCUCCAUAACCUUCCAGGCCACCAAAGGGACGCGAGGCUCUGUUGGGGACGUGCCAGCUUCACACAAGGACCUGCCACUUGCCAGGACUCACACUGAGCUCCCUGGGUUGCUGAGCUGCUGCUCGGGAUCCUGACUGCUCCUGAUUCCUCACUGUGCUGCCGGCAGUGGGGAAUCAAUGUCCAGUUUGGGACGCUGGGCAGAGCCGAGCCCGUUCCCAUCCUCUGUAUCCUUGGUGGGCUGGGGGACCAGGCUGGAACCCCUGCUCUGAGGGAACUCCACAUUAACGAGGGACGGCGCUUGGGCUGUCCUGAGUUGCUCUGGAACGAAGAGCCGCCUCCUCCCUCCUCUCCAGCUGGGAACCAGGUCACUGCUGGAGGCUGGGGAUGGUGCUGCAUGGACCCAUGUCCAGAGUUGACAGCCUGGCAGCAAAGCGCUAACAGAGCCCAAGGAGCUCAGUGCUGCGCGGGGGCUGCUGGUGUCCCUGCAGCCGCCGUGCUCCAGGGAUGUAGGUGCCGGAUGCCGGAGAGGUGCCGGGAAGGAUGGGCCGGUUGGAUGACCACGCCAAGAGGAGAAUCGUGGAGCUGCGCAGGGCUGGGCUGAGCUUCCGCAAGAUCAAGAAGGUGCUGGAGCUGGAUGACAUCCGGGUGACGCCACAGGCUGUGUACCUCUUCCUCAAGAGGAAGAAUGUGGAGCCGGGGUCGGCAGCAGCUGGCUGGGAUGGGGACCAGCCCUGUCCCCCACCAAGGGUGCACGAGGCAGAGCCACCCAAGCUGCUGGCCACCUGUCCCCCUGCAAUGCCCAGCGGUGGCCCUGCAGGUGGCCAGGUGCCCUCCCCUGCCGGUAGCCAAGACACCAAGGAGGGCAUCCGGAUCCUUAGCGUGGCCUCACUCUGCGAGGACGGUGGGCAGCUUGGGGAGGCUCUGCCUGAAGGACUGUCCCCUGGGAACGGCGAUGCUGGCUCCACAGGCACCCCCUCGGCUCCAGGAAGCUGCCUCGCUCCUGGGGCUCCAGCCACCCCACCACAGCCCUUACUCAGCCGAGGGCGGCUGGUUUUACCCCCCACCAGGAACCCAGCCCUGAUGGUGAAGAAGAAGAUCGUGGAGAGGGCUAUCCUCCUGCAGAAAAAGAUCAAAGACGCCAGCACUCAGACUACCCUGCCAAAUGAAAUUCCUGGAAAUCAAAACCUCAUCUGGGACAGCCCAGUGCUUUGCCCUGCUCCCAGCUCCCAUGCCAUUGCCGAAAAGCUGGAUGCUGUACAGACAGAGAUCCAAAAGCUGAGCCAGACCCUGCACGCGGUCCUGGAGAGGCAAUGCCGCCUGGAGCGCCAGCAGGAGCACCAGCAGCGCCUGCAGCAGGAGGUGCUGAUGACACUGCAGCAGCUCAGCUCCACCGUGAGCCACGGCGCUGUGCCAACCAACCAGCCCUGCAUCCCCUUCAACAGCAUGGCCGAGCCCUCGCCCACCGUGCCCAACUUCAGCCAGUUCAAGAUGGAACUCAUCUGACAAUGGCAGG